AUGGCUGUACUUACUGAUGUAGGAGCUUAUACCUAAAUUAUUAUAUUUUCUCUAAUUGGUUUAGGUUUUACGGCCCUAGUUUACUUUCAAAAUAAAUUAGGACAUGAUAUAGAGAAAGAUUUAGAAAAAUAACUUGGAAAUGAAAUUGUAAAUGAAUAGUUAUUAGGAAAUCAAUAAGAUCCGUCUUCAAUUGCAAGCUUGAAAAAGUAUUAUCUCGGAAUAACAGUGUAAGUACAAAGAUGCGCAAUGGAAUUCUACAAGAGCCAAACCUUUUUUAUGUCCUUCUUUGCAUUGAUUUUCUCAAUAGGCUUCCUUAUUUGGUUGUCUCAGGAUGAUCGUACUUUUAUGCUAAUGAUUGCUUUUGCUUUAGGGUGCACUUGCGUUGCUAUAAAUACUUUAAUUACUUUGAAGAUAUCUCUUGCUUCUGUCAUAAGAACAGCUAUAUUAUCAAAAGAAUAGAGUAUUAUCGGAUUCACUUACUUUAACGCUUCAGCUAUUUCAAUAGCUACUACUGCAGUUUCUAUCUUAACACUUAGCAUAUUAAUUCCAAGUUUCAUUUCUGUUUUGGAUGAUGAAGAUACUACUGUUCAGGAUUACACUAAUAUUUUCCAAUCUAUUUUAGGUUAUGCUUUGGGAACCGCUUUUGCUAGUCUUUUUUAUAGAGAGGCUGGUGGUAUGAGCUGCAAGGGUAUUUUAGUAGGACGUGAUAUGAUUUAAAAGUCAAAUUACCAAAAUUAUGAUUAAACUGUUAUCGAAGUCAAUUUAAACACAGCUAGUAUUAUUAGUAAUAUUUACAAUAAUAAUAUUAUCAGUGUACUAGAUUUCUAGACUGUUUUUACUGCUUUCCUUUGUAUUUAUCUAAUAGUUAUUUGCUAAUCUCCUUAAGUUGAUAAAGAUUACCGUGGUACCUUUUAUUUACCUCUUUACUUGGUUGGUAUAAACCUUUUAGUUGCUAUUGCUACCACUUAUGUAACUAACACAAGUCCUACUAUUGAAGAAGAAGAUAAUUAAGCUUAUGAAUAUAGCAUUCCUAAAGAAACUGCCAAAUAAGUUAGAUUACAAGUCUUAAUCUGCAAUAUUUUCUCUUUCAUUUUCUUAAUAUGCUUCCCUAUAUGGAUAGUCCCAGAUGGAUUUACCAUAGGCUCAAAAAAGCUAAAUCUUGUCAGCUAAGAAAAUAUUGAUUGCUCUGACGCAAUUUGGGCAUUAAUGACUGGAUUGGCAUCUUAAACAUUUUUGAUUGUAUAUUCUGAAGUCUUCACUUCUCACUACUUCUCUCCUGUUAAGAAAAUUGCUUAAAUCAGAAAAGAUCAUCCUAAGGGUGGAUUUUCAAUGACACUUUUGACUGCAACUGAAUAUGCUAAUAUCAGCUAAUUUGGUAUUUUUAUUCUUUUCAGUUUCACUAUCAUGCUAGGUUAUCUUCUAUGUGGUAUGUUUGGUGUUGCAUGUGCUAUUUGUGGAUUAAUUUGUGCACCUUUCUCUUUAAUGAGUGUAAAUAUUUUCUCUGGUUUCACUGCAGAGGCAUUUGAAAUCUCUGGAGUAGGUUACCUUAAAUCAAUGAGACAAAAACUUUUCGGUUAUAGCUGGGCUUCAAGAAAUUUCAGUAUAUAUACUCAGAUAGUCACAAUUGUAGCAGUUAUUUUGACUAGUGUUUUAUGCAUCGGUGCAUGUGUAUUUAUUACUGGCGAUUUUGAUAUUUAUGUUUGGGAUGCUUAUGGAAUCUUUGGAUUUUUAUAUGGUGGUUCCCUUGCUUACUUCAUUAAAGGUAUAGGACUAUCUGGCAUUAAGCAAGUUGCUGAAAAUUUAAAAGAAACAUACUAACUCAAGAAGUCUUCUGAUGUAGGAUCUAAAAAGAGCAAUUUUAAAGAAGUUGAUGUAUUAGUUAAAGAUUAAUAUAACUCAGUUAUCAUGAAAGUUGCCAUUAACAUUUUCACUAGCAUUUUUAGUAUCGUUCUUAUUGGUAUUUUCUUUGGAAACAAAACACUAGUUGCUUUCGUUAUUGGUCUUAAUCUAGUAGGAGUUUAUCUUUGCUUUAUGUCUCUUAUCGUUGGAUACAGUGUAAAGAAUGCUAGAGAAUAUAGUAGAGAUUAUGGUAAAGUUACUGAUGUAGAUGAAGCUCCUAUUUAAGCUGAUAUUACAGUCACUGCCUGUGAAGGAAUUCCAGGAACAGCCCUUGUUACAUACUUAGUUUUCAAUACAGUUUUUGUAUUGUAAGGAGCUAUCAAGUGGGCCUAAUACGGCUAUUUCAGAAAGUGGGUUGAUUCUGGUGAAUUAAAUAAGUUAGCUGAUUCAACUACAGAUGGUUAUCUAAGUUCAAUUAAAAAUAUACCAGACAUUAUAUCAAAGGCCUUCGAUGGUGAAGGAGCAGAGUGA